CAAUUAUUAAAGUUAAAGGUAAUAACCAAAUUCUUGGAGGAUAUAAUCCAAUUGAAUGGAAAUUUGAAAGUGAUUAUGGUGUUACUAAGGAUAGCUUUAUAUUCUCUUUUGAGGAUGGUGAUGAUAUUAAUGAUCAUAUUUUAAGUCGUGUUGUAAAAAAAGAUUAUGCUAUAUUUAACGACCAUACUUAUGGUCCAUCAUUUGGCGGUGCUGACCUUAUUUUGCGUGGCGAUAUUGGACAUUAUAUGAAAGAUAGCUAUGAAAAACAAAUCAGAGGUCCUCCUUCAGAACCUGUCUUGCAUUAUGGCGUAGGGUGUGACUGUUGUAACCAUACUAUCCGAGGAAAGAGAUGGAAUUGUACAACCUGUGUAAUCUAUGAUUUAUGUCAAGACUGUAAACCCCAAUCACAUAAACAUCGUCAUCCAAAUGAUCAUAGGCUCAUGCUUAUGCCACAUUCAGAUACUUCUAAAUAUGCUCCUCGAAUUUCUGUGCAUGAUACAAAGUGUAAUUACUGCAACAAGACAAUUCGCGAGAUGAGAUGGAAAUGUGAAUUGUGCCCGAAUUUUAAUAUGUGUCAAGAUUGUAAAUUCUAUUCAAAAAAAUUUUUUCAUCCACAUAAUAUUUCAUAUUUUAAACUUAUUGGUAGAGAUUCAAGAAAUGCAAUUUGUGACUAUUGUAAAUUAGCCUGCACGGGUAACAUAUGUUAUAAGUGUGCCAAUAACACAUUUUAUAUAAAAGAAUACGAAUUAUUUCAAGUUGUAAAAAGAUAAAAUAUAACUUAGACUUGCUAUGUGAUCAAAUAUCUGGUGAGAAAUUUUUUUUUUGAAUUAAAUUGAAAAAUAAAAAACCAAUAAAAUUAAAUGUCUUAUUAUUAUUAAAUAUUUUGA